CUGUCCGGACGCCAUCUUGAUCGUGCUGUGGGCCGAGUGUUUGGAGGCGGCAGAGGCGGGGGCGGUAAUUGGGGCCAGGAGCCACCGCUCCUUCUCGUCGGCCUGACAUAUCUCAGCAUAUCGCCAGUGUCCGCCGGGCAAGUGGGGAGUAUUCCAUCACACUCCUGAUUUGUGCCUUGUGGAUGGUGCGCUGGGGAAUCGGGAGGUGGCAUCUUCAGUGCUGUCUAGCUUCCAUUGGAGCUCUGUUUUGUCCUGCUCUGAAUUUAUACGGUAUGGUCUGUCAUGGUGCUGUACAAGAUUCCCUGACUCAAGAUGCCUGCGGGUGUGUACUACUCAGUACCAUACUGUGCCAUCUUUGUUUUGCCAGUUCUUCUAAUGGAUGUGCCAGCUGUGAAGGGAUAUGUGUGUGCAUACACAAACAGUACCCCCAACACCACCAUGAUCUUUGAUGACUUGCCAUCGAUGUUUGGCUACCAGCUGCUAAGGGAGGGGCUACAGGGUUAUUUGGUAUUUGCCAAGCCUGAUAAUGCCUGUGACCCUAUUGCACCACCACCUUCAAACACCACCACUCUUGACUUUAUCGUUAUGAUUCGCAGAUAUGGAUGCAAUUUUGACGUCAAGGUACUUCAGGCACAGCAGGCUGGGUAUAAGGCAGCGAUCGUACACAAUGUCGAUUCGGACCAGCUGCUCAGCAUGCACUGGAGCAGUGAGGAGGUCAGACAUCAAAUAACAAUCCCAUCAGUGUUCAUCGGAGUCCGUGCUUCCCAGCUCUUGAGGUCACUGUUCACUUAUGACAAAGGUGCAUAUAUUGUACUAAUGCCAGACUUCAACUUCCCAUUGGGAUAUUACCUCAUUCCCUUCACCGGUGUGGUUGGAAUUGUGAUUGUCAUUAUGAUCACUGUCAUGAUAGUGAGGUGCGUGCAGUAUCGGCGCAGAAUCCGGACAAGCCGGCUGUCAAAGGAGCAACUGAAGAAAAUUCCAGUCCAUAAAUUCAAUAAAGGUGAUGGAUAUGAAGUUUGUGCAAUCUGUCUGGAUGAAUAUGAGGAGGGUGACAAACUUCGAAUAUUACCCUGCUCACAUGCAUACCACUGUAAAUGUGUGGACACUUGGCUAACACAGACAAAAAAGACCUGCCCUGUUUGCAAGCAACGUGUUCUGCGUUCAACUGCUGAUCCUGAAUCGGGAUCCGAUGUGGAAGAUUACCCUGAAGGAGAUGAGCGUCAGUCGGAGCGUACUCCACUUCUCCAAGCGGCUUCGUCCUCUGCAACACAAUCAUUUGGCUCCAUGGCCUAUUCCCCCACACAGCACAGAGGGGAGCACUCAUCAGAUUCCAGUGAGGAUGGUUGCAUUGCUGCCUAUGCUGAGAGAGAGGAAGUUCCAGAUCACAAGCAGGAGAAUCAAAGUCACUCUUCAUUCACUAAAGGAUCUGGAUCUCAGCCUAACAUCAAUCCUGGGCAUGUUUUUAAUGUGUAGUUAGGAACCUCGGGCCUUACUAUGCUCUUAUUUGUAAAACUGUAAUCAUUGUGUGACUGCAGCUCAAAGAGGGCUUAAUUUAGAACUUUUUGGGGCAAUGUUUAAAAUACAUAUUUUUUGUGUGAACGGGGAGGUUCUGCUGUUAAUGAGCAAUGAGCACAAGCUGGUUUAGUAUCUGCACAUGAGCAUAUUGCUCAAUGCCAACCGAAUUCAAGCUUUUUCAACUCCCUGUAACAAAGGUAUUCGGUGGGGGACAGAGAAAGAAUCGCUCCAGAAUGUGAUAGAUAUCUCAUUAAAUGCCGUGAAGAAACUUUCUCUUCCACUUUCUGUAAAAAGUGCUCAAAAUUAAAAAGCACAACUUCCUGGGGCCCUUGCUGGUCGGAGGUAGACAGUCCCUCAUCUGCAGGCGAUCUAGAAGUGAGCUACUCUCAGUUCCUCAGUCUCUGUUCUCAUCAAUGAUAAAAGCCUGGUGUGGUGUAUAUUCUCCCUAACUGUACAGGAGAGAGCUCUGGAAUCUGAACACCGAAACAGGGCUAUGUGUACUGGUACUUGCAGUUUCUCCCAAAGUCACUCUGGCCUGAUGUGGGCAGUAUGAUCACAAAAAUGUUUGAAAUGUUCAUAGUUCCCUUUUUAUACUAAAUUUUGGAAGUCUAAUAAUCAGAAUGUUCUUUUGUUACAAUUGUGUGAUUAAUUGAGCAGCUAGUUAUUGAUAAGUUGUGAUCAUGCAUAAGAAGCGCCGCUAAAGGGGGAAUGAAGCCAGAGUCAAAGACAAUAGAAAUAGCGCAGUCUUAGCUGUCUGGCAUUUGCAUCUCCAGUCUUUUAGUUUAUUUUGCUGCUUGUGACCAUUUCCUCAUUUAUAAAGAAUGAGGCAUUUACCGAUGAUGGACAAUGCCCAGGACCUCUGUGUUCCAGACUGCUGCCUGUUGAUCUUUCACUUUGAAUUACCUCCUCACACUGACAAUAAAUGUGCUGAAGUAACACUAGGUGACUGGAAAAUCAGUUGCAGCAACUGACUACAAUUAUGAACAUUCCAGGAAUUGGUCCUCUGGCUCAGCUGUGCAUUUUGACCCCAGUAGUAUUGUAGGGUUUCAUGAGGUGUAUUAUUUGUAUUUUGUGUGGGAAAGGAGAAACAAAUUAUGUGAUAGCAUCAAAUUUGAUUUAUUCCAGAUUUCAAUUACAUUACAAAGAACCACAAACUCUCUGUAUCCUGCCAUCAUGCAUUUGCAUUGUUUGCUGCAUUUGCAUGGUGUACUGUGGAUGCUGGAGACCCGAACCAACAAAGCGCUGGAGAAACUCAGUGACUCUCACCUGUGAGACAGCACCUGUGAAGGGAGAAACAGAGUUAACAUUUCAAGUCCAGUGCGCCAGCUGCUCAACCUGCUGAGUUUCUACAGCACUUUGUCUCCAUUUUUUGUGAAUAUGGUUCAGGAAGGAGUUAGAGACAGAUAAUGCAAGCAUUGCUGGAACUUGAGGCAUAGUACUGAGUAUGUCUUCUGUUGCACUCCUUUCAUUUGAAUUGGCUGAAAUUUGAAUGUAUUGUGAUCAGAAUGACAGCUUUUAUCAAAUGCCAAACUCGACAGGAGCAAGAAUCAAGUGUGAUAUGGAAUUGGCAGUCUUCAUAAAUGAUAUGUUCCUUGCUUAUCCAUGCUUUUCAAAAUCCGUUUAAUUACAUUUUAUAAUUAAUUUUUAAUAGAGUUUGUAAUCAUCUAAACAAAUAUAUGUCAAAUUCACUACUGCUCUGUCACACAGUGAGGGCAGCUAUCUUUAUUCCACAGCAGUUUCCACAAUGCAGACAAGUUAAUUAUGAAUCUGGGUGACUGAUAGUUAAGAGUCAUGGGCCAAGACUUCCCAAACUUCAGACAGUUGGUGAUCAGAAACGUUCUGAAAAAUGCUGGUCAGGACCUCAGAUAUUCUGAAGAACUGAACAUGCAGUUAAGCACCAAAAAGGUUUAACUUCCAAGGGCAGUUUACCCGGCAUCUAGAUCUCUGUGACAGAGUUCCCAACUUUAAGUUCAAGCAGAAAAUUUAGAUGGUUCCACUUCACAGAACUCAAUAGUUAGCCAGGAAAAGUUAGAUGGUUAAAACCUGUUCAGACUCCAGGAUAACUUUGAAACUGACCACAUACCCACAAUACCUGACUACCUUGCACUCUCACCCUAGUAUCACAUCAUGCAUAUUUCUGGCACUUCAACCUAACUGGUCCAUCUGCCCCUUUAAUCACCUGGCACCCUCACCCUUCACCUACUCACAUUGCAUUCCAGCCACAAAUCCGACCCUCUGUACCCUCAUCUACUUACCUCCCACACUUCACUCAGUAGCUGUGGGCUCUUUGAGUAUUUUACUUUCUGGAAUACAGCAGCACUCAUCGUCAACAUGGGACGUGGUUUCUAUGACAGUUUGCUGGUAAGCUGCCUCUGAUUUGCUGGACUGAUAGAAAAAUCCUGGGAAGGAAACUGAGCUCUUUUUAUCUGAACAGUUUGGAAAUAGGGAUUCUUGCAAACUAAUACGUCAUUCCAGAUCAUACAGAGGCCAGUUGGCUUGAGAGUCCAUGCUGGCUCUCUGUGGCAUGACCCAAUCAAUCCCAAUCUCCUGUUCUAUCCUCUGUCGCUGUAAUUUUGUUCCUGUCAAACACCCACCUAAUUUCCAUUAAAAUCAUUCAUGGACUCCACUGCUGUCAUCCUUGUCAAUGUGUUCCAGGUCAUUAUCACCCUGCAUUUAAAAAAAUCCUUUCUCACCUGUAACUCUCUCCCAAGCAGUUAAAUAUGUGUCCCUUUGUCCUUGUGCCUUCAACAAAUGGGAACACCUUUAACUGCCAUCUCAAAACUUGUCGAACCUUGUCCACUUCUAUCGAAUCCUCACUCAAGCUUUUUUGGUCCAAGGAGAGCCAGCCCAGCUUCUCCAGCCUAACUUUUUAUAAAGAUUCAGUGAAAUUCAAGUUUUCGUAUGCUUUGCUAUCUUCUGUCUUAGUACGUCUUUUUACCUUUACGGUCUGUGUAUGUAAAUUCCAGGUCUGUCUGUGCACAUGCUCUAUAACUGUGCCAUUAAGUCGGCCCUGCUUCUCCCUGUCCCUUCUGCCAAAGUGCUUCACCUCACAAUUCCUUGUCAAAAAUUCCACUUUCCUUUGUGUUCUCAUUCUGCUGGGCUGCCCUGUUAGACGGUCUUUUGGCAUUAUCAUCAGUAUCUCCCAUACUUUUAAGUUUGAUAUUGUGGGAAAAUGUUGAGUUUUGUUCCUUCAUACACUUCUUCACAGUUCUUGAGGGAAUACAAUUGUCUACAACCCUCCAGUCAAUUAGUUGAUAAUAAAACAAAGAACUGCAGAUGCUGGAGAUCUGAAACAAAAACAUAAAUUGCUUGAGAAACUCAGCAGGUCUGACAUAAUCUGUGGGGGAAAAGCAGACUUAAUGUUUCAAAUUUGGUUCUGAUAAAGAGCCACUGAACUCAAACCAUUAACUCUGCUUUCUCCCCACGGAUGUUGCGAGACCUGAGUUUCUCCAGCAAUUUCUACUUUUGCUCCAGUCUAUUACGUAACAAAGCAAGUGCUACCUUUUACAAUUCUGUGUUGGGUCUGCUCAAUGAACUCAUUUUUUCCAAGUGCCUCUAGUUUUUUUUACUGUGGUUAUUGUUCCUUUAACGUCAUCGACAAACGAUGCUAAAUUGAUUGGCCUGUAGUUGACACAAAAAUCCUUUCACCUGUUUUUGGGAUAAAGAUAGCAUAUUCGGCACUCUCCAGUUAUUACAAUGUUUGGCCAAAUCUGAGACAAUAUUAACAAAUCUUUUCGCGAGCCUCCUAUCUGCUCUAAGCAUGUUCCAGGGAAUCCUGUCUAUCAGUUCUUACCUCAUCUAUAACAUCUGUCAUCUUUGCUUCUACCAUUAUUUGUCUGUUUCCUCUAGGUAGGCAGUGGUACAAAUUACUCGUUAAAUAUUAUAACCUGCAUCUUUGCUUAUAUCAACCUCUUUGGUCCUAUUAAGGACAGUGUUCUCCAAAGAUCUGAUCAUGGUGAUCAGCAUGCUGAUACUAUAUACAACAUUGAUUUCUGGUUCUGGAUGUUGCUGCCACACACAGCUUAGAGGUUAGCGAAGGAGAAAAAUUAGUGGGAAUCCUGAAUAGGACCCACCUUACUCUUUACUAUCUGUUUGCUGUUUAUGUGCCAGUAGAUUUUUAUGUUCCUUUUAUGCUGACUGCUGAUCUAAUCUCAUAAAUUCUUGGCGGUACUUUCCUCUGUUUUCCCCCUCAACUUUUUGCAUUUGGCCUGGUUCUUGCCUGAAGAAUUAUUUGGUGUGCAACAUGCAUUUUAUUUUUUGUUUUGUUGUAUUCUCUAUCUUCCAUGUCCUCCAAGGAAUUCUGGCUUGGUUCUCUUCUUUUUAUGCCUUUAUCGGAAUGUAUUUGAAAGUUCUUAUCCAUAAAACACUUUUUUCUGUCAAUUCAUUUGGAUCAUUGAAAGUCCCACAAUAUUAGCACUCUAUAGGUUUUUCACAUCGCUGUGAUUUUCCUGCAGAUUCAUUCCUUUUUCUCCCUCACACUCUCCCGAGCAACAUUUUCCCCUUUUACUUGUCCGGUGGCUUAUGUCUUUGCCCUUUUUAAAACCGGUUCCCCUUCUCCUUCUCUGUCUUUUCUGAUCACUUUGUAUCUUUGAAUGUGAAGUACCAUCGUUAAAGCCAUGUUUCUGUUAUUGUGUCACCGCAGCAUUAUUCCCCAAAAAGCUAUUUUUGCAUACACCCCACAUUAUUCAGCACACUUUAUGGUUAUUUAGGUGCACCAUAAGCCUGUCUUGGAUUAUUUUUAUAUGGAAAUGAGCUGAUUAGUUGAUUUGCUGUUUAAUAUAACAGUAAUAAAUAAGUUUAACUUUCUUUAUCUACAAUGAUGGAAUGAUUCAACAGCCAAUCACAAACAAAACUCAGCAGAUCAUUGUGAGGAAGGGUCUCCAGACCUGAAAGGUUAACUCUGAUUUCUCUUCACAGAUGCUACCAGAGCUGCUGAGCUUUUCCAGCAACUUCUGUUUUUGUCUCUGAUUUGCAGGAUCCACCAUUCUUUCAGUUUUAGUUGAACCAUUCUACCACUGGGCCUUAAUCUUGUUACAAACCUCCGCGAAGCCAGUAUCUAUUGUGUAAAUUACAGGUAUUUUUGGCAGAAGAGGGUUCCCAUUGUACAUGGCAUUUAUAACACUAGAAAUUGGACAGAAUGCUGAGCGUUAUCGCCACCAAGAUUAACACGAACACUCCAGAUUUCCAUGUCAAACAGCAAACUACCAGCUUCUAUUUGAAGCGAAUGCCUUUUCUUCCCCAUCCCAUUGCUGCCAACUCUGAAUAAAAUUAACAAAUUUCAAAACGCUGAUAUUUUGAAACCUACAAUUUUGUUUGCUACUUAUACAUGCAGUGUACCGAAAUUACCUGGCAAACAUGCUUGUUAGCUGUGUAAAAGUCAAGUUCAUGCCCUUACAGAACAGAAUCCUCAAGUUGAAGAAUUAGCAACAUGUGCAAACGAUCAUAAGAAGCAACUAUUUGUUACAUCAAGCUUAUAACAAUGUAAAUUUAUAAAAAAAACCCUCUUUGACAUUGUGAAACAUUCCAAGUGUUAACUUGAUAAUUCCCAGAUAAAUAUAACGUGGCAGCUGCGCAACAAACCCAGACCAAAGCAGAGAAUGUUGGUCUGAUUUUAAAAAGCCCUUAUGUCCCGAUGGACAGACUUAUAAAAUUAAAACUUCCUUUCCAAGUUACAAGUCAGCAUCUUUAUCGGCCUUGUGCUAUGUUCAAAGCCUCUGUUUAGACACUUAUUAGUAGUAUUGCUAUCUUUCCUGAUGUUUUAUACGAAUCUGUAAAAAUGCUUUUGGUUUUAGCCACUGGAUUCACAGUCUCAGCUCUCCCUUUCGUGUUUUUAAAGAGAUUUUUAGCAGCUUGAGGCCAAGCAGAAUGCCUUCUUGGUUAGCAACAUGGAGAGAAAUGGGCCUGAAUUGGCAAAAAUGGAGCGUAGCAAGAGAAAUAGAUUUAAUAGAUAUAAGGUAUCUAUUUCUUUGAGUAGAAUUUAUUUUUUAUUCAGUCCUGGGUGUAGAUAAAGUGGCAUGCCAAUGUUUUGUUAUCGUCGCUGCUGAUGUUAUUACUAGACACGUAAUGUCCCAGAUUGAAAUGUUUCACAGAUCUUAUUUGGUUUGGUUUUAAUGUGGCCUGUCACUGAAACAUAACCACACAUUGUUGCUGAUUUAGUUUUAACAAUAGAAGAGUUAGUUUAGCAAAAUAAAUGAAGAUAAAAUAGAUUAAGCUAAUUGUUUAAAUACAACAUUUUUCAGGGUUUUGAAACAUGUUAAAAAUAAUACCCCAUUAAUCCUAAAAACACUCCGUUACAGAUUCCAAAAACGCCACUGGGCAGUCAGUCAUUAAACAUUUCCAAACACACAGAAAAUUCAUAUGCCUCUAAUUCAAAAUUCAAAGAUCCAAACCUUAUAUACAUUUUUAAUAUCUUGUUUUUAAGUAUCAUACUGUAUAACGCAGUGUCUUUCUGUUUAUAUUUCUCUGUGCCUAGUUGUAUGUCUCCACCUGUGUGUGUAUCUCUCUGACCUUGAGAGUGGUCAGCAUGUUUAAUUCCUGAAAUGCACGUCCCUAAUUCACCUAACAAGUAUUUUUGAAUGUGUAGCUAGAUUCCCUUGAUGUAACCUGGAGGCGCCGCCAUUGGACUGGGGUGGACAAGGUCAGAAAUUGCAUGAUGCCAGGUUAUAGUCCAACAGGUUUAUUUGAAAUCACAAGCUUUGUGUUUUGAGGUGACUUCACCUGAUGAAGGAGCAGCGCUGUGAUUUCAAAUAAACCUGUUGGACUAUAACCUGGUGUCAUGUAACUUCUGACCUAGUCCGUUGACAUAGGUUAAUACAAUUGGAUCACAAUAAUUCAGAUCCCAGCCUGAUGCCCCUAGAAUUCUACAGCACCAAAAAUAUAAAUGUUUUAUUCCAUGAGCAAAAUGGUCAGUUUGUUUCUGUUUAUUACUGUUAUAAGUCAAGAGACUUUCAUUUGGUUUCUUUAAUAAACCAAGAAUAUUUAUCAUCAACAAACUUAGUUUAAUUCCUACUUGUUUAAAGAAUAUCUCCCCUUAAUCACAAUGCACACACAAUCAUACAACAAACAAGACAAUUCUGCAGAAAUGGCACAGAUUUGACAGGGGGGGAAUAAAGGCAAAUGGGAAAAACACUGCAGUGGGUCUGAACUCCGGAUAAAUAAAAGGAAAAACUUAUGAUCAAGUGCAUAUCCUGUUAUCAAGAUUACAAUGCUGACCAUGGUAGAAUCAAUGAGAUCUUCAAAUCAGACCAGUUCGGGUGAGAGCCCAUUAGAGUUCAGUCUUAGAAUAGAGUCAACAGUUCAGCUUUCUGAGUUAAGAGGCAGUUAAAGACAGGGAUUUCUAGAACUUCUUCAGAUUCCCCGAAGAUACUUUACUGGAAGACCAAUCUGUGCCCCUUGCCUUGUAAAGUUUGCUGUUUUCUGGGAGAGAAAAGAUCUUUAGUUUUGGUGCCAGUUUCUUGGAAGUUUUUUCUUUGUCUUCAACUUACAGACCUAAGUGUGUAUAGAAAUAGCAACUUUAGUUCAGAGGCUGUUGCUAGGCAAUCCUCACUACAGGUCUCUUCCAUCAGUUUGGUAGUUACCAUUAUAAAAUCCAUACUUCAUCAAUCUGUUAAAAGCUUUACCUUGCAUUCUUUCCACAAACUCAGUUAUCUUUUUGCAACAAUACAUGAGCCACAGCCCUCUACAACUUCUGAAUAUUCACUCAUCCUGCUGAACACACCUCCCAGAAAUAAUACAGAUGAAAUUCUUUUUGAAUCCAGAGUGCCCGGGAAGUUUCAUAUUCCAUACCUUCAGAGUCCUUUAUAAUGAGUACAAUUCCCGAAAAGGAGAACAAAAACCCAGUGUUCUGAUUUGUUUUCGUUCGUUGCUGCUGCCACACCCCAAAAGUUAGAAGUCUAUGCGUUUCACCUUUUUAACAUAGUCCCUGCUGAGUAAUUCAACAUGUACAGUUUAAAAUAUUUUGCAGAUAGUUCAAUGUUUUAAUCAUGUGAUUUUUAGUUAUAUGUUUCAUUUCAGUUGUAAACCCCAAUGGAAGCCUUUCCAUUAAACACUGGA